GGAAGCAUUUGUUUGUUGUAGAAACGUCACACUUUUCUGGUACACAUUCGAGUAGUAUUAAAAUGUUUCUUUAAUAAUAAUUUGUUACAGUAUUUGGCGAAUUUAUGAAAAAUAUCUAGUGAGUAAAAUGAAUAUUGUAAAUCUCACAACCAUAUUUUAAUUCACUCGUUUUGUUAAGUGGGCGUGGUAAAUGUAGUUAACGUUUGAAAUUAUCCAAUAGAAGUCCUAAUGUAAUGACCCGAUGGUCCAUGCUCGAAGUCAUCUUUUCAACAAACAUAUUGUCAUUUAUGACGUUUUUUGUCAAUGACUUGUUCUGAGUUAAUUUGCUUUUAGUUAUAUAGUGUCGAUGGAAUGUAUAAUUCGUUAUUUGUUGUGGACGUGAGGGAAAUGUUGACAAUUUUACACUCAGACUUUGCGGAAAAUUAACGUGAAUUUACCUGCUGUUGCCCAUUUAGCAGCCAGUGCCUUAACGACAUAGACCGAACUAUGGACAUACUUAGACCGAACUAAAUGGCGUCUCGAGUGGCCGACAGCUUGAGGGGUCGCUGUUGUCCUGGCCCCUGUUGCAAGCCACAAGGUGUUUUCAAGCAAUGAACGGUUUCAGCACGGGUGAGGAGGACUCAAUUGGGCCGACCGACCACAAGUGUUGCCUGGUGGAUGACGGAGAGAGGUGUCAUCGGCCUGCGGGUAAUGCCUCCUACAGCCAGCGCAUCCGCAAGACUGUCACUCAGAGACGUCUCAAGCUGCAUCUCGACAGCAUGACACAGCACAUCUACAUCUGCGACCACCACAAGGGGGUGAUCCAGUGCGCUCGAGCCAAGCGCCGCCGCAAGGACUCGGAGGAGGACUCCAACGAGACUGACACGGACGUGGCAGAGGUGGACUUGUUCCAGCUACAGGUGAACACCCUGCGGCGUUACAAGCGGCACUACAAGGUGCCCACUCGACCAGGAACCAACAAGACGCAACUGGCCGACACGCUGACGAAACACUUCAAGACCAUCCCAGUGGUGGAGAAAGAGGCGCUCACCUUCUUCAUCUACAUGGUCAAGUCGGACAGCAACAAGCUGGACCAAAAGAACGGCCUCAGUCUGGACCCUAUCUAGUCCUCUGACAAACACCUUUCAUGCCCUCCUGUUGAUAGCUGAUGUGAAUCAUGAGUGGCUGCUGUUUGCUUUUUUCUUUUUUUCUCACAUUAGAUAAGCAAUAUGUUUAUUGUGAUGAAACUAAAGAGGCAUCGAAAUGUUCUGUAAAAAUGUAAACCAUGUGCUUGUAAAAUGCAGCUAUGAACACAUUUGCGAUGUGGCAAAGAAUGUUUCGUGAUGAAUAGUUGGGAUGUUGGUCAGCUGCCCCGGCGUGAGUGCUGCUGUAAGCAAGUGUCGCGGAUGUAUCGGCGCUUUGCAACUUGCUAGGAAAGCGACUGAGCUCGACUGUGUUGCUGGCAGAUGUGGGCGGGUUCAUUCCAUCAGUGCUUCGUUCGUCGUCUCAGGACCUUUUUCACUCCUGCAAAGUAAAUUGGGAACAGCUUGGUCUGUUUCCAUGUUUGUAUGCCAGAAAAUAUCUGUAUUGUGAUGUGAGUAAGCCAUGAGAUUUUUCCCAUUCAUUUAUUUAGAGAUGAUGUCAACAUGUGUAUUGUUUACUUCUGAUCAUCAGAAUAAGUUGCAGCUUAUUCAGGGUGACUGCUAAACUUGGAUUAUAACAUUCAUGCACAUUUUCAGGUUUUAAUGGUACAAAAUUGAUGAUUUUUCUUAAUGGUCAAACUGCGAAAAUUUAUGUUUUGAUAUUCAAAAGCUUAAUUUUUAAAAUAUUUUUUAUGGUUGAAUUGUUGUGAUAAAACUAUUCUUAACUAUGGAAUGACCACAAUUCUACAUUGUAAUAAAGGAAAAAAUUUAUUGAACAAUUUAUAGAUGGCCCGGUAUCAGAUAAUCAUCUGUUAUCGGUAUUAUCUGUACUUUUUCUGCUAUCUGUUAUUGGUAAAAUAAAACCAAUAUUAUUGGUUAUUGGUUACACAAUUUUGAAGUUUCUUGGAAGGUAACAUGGAAAGUGUUUGUGUAGUGCAUCUCAGGUUACUGGUGUGUAAGCAACAUGACACUGGUGUUGCUGAUACUUGUUGCUUCGUGUCCUACUUUACGGCUGGGAUGUGUAGGAGGGGGAAGUCCUGCACACUCCCUAUUGCCUCACUACAAACAAAAGUGGUUGUCUGGGGCACAUAACCAACACCCACGCUAUCCACAAACAUGUUUGUUUUUCACAGGAAGAUAAUCAGGUAGAUAUACAUAUUAGAACUGUCAGCAUACUGAUUUGGAUUAUUGCAUGUGUGUAAACACCGUACAAUUUCAUAUUAAAGUGACAGUUUUCAGGCCUCCUCGAUUCAGAUUGUUGGGGAAAUAAUUUUUUGUGAAUGUAUUAAUUUCUUCUUUUGUUUAACCUAUAUUUUAGGGAGUAUAAAUGCGACCUUCAGACUCCAUUAGCAGUGCUUUCCCAAUGUUUGAUUUAGUUCAAAACGUGGUGUAGAAAACUUGUAUAGAUCUGGCAAAAAAAAAUUAUGCCACAAAUGUAAGAAAUAAGAAUUCUCAUUUCCUGA